UAUUAAUAUUAAUGUUAUUUUCAUGGUCUGUCGAUAACGUUUCACUGGUCACUACGCGUUACAAACUGCGAAUGAUCGUAUAAUUAUGACUGACACUCAAUUUGAAAUCAUAUUACGUUCGUAUACGAAGCGAAUACGCUGAAAUCGACACAUCAGCAAGAAAAGUCAUAUGAAUAACCCAAUUUGUGUUUCAGUAACCCAAAGAAAAAAAGAGACGAACAGUGUAAAUAAUUAUGAUGUGCCAAAUAAAAUGAACGCCAUAAACAUUUCGACUGGAUUAUUUACCUAUUUGUUUUUCUUAUUUUAUGGCACAUAAAUUAUACUCUAGCUUUAUUACCGUCUGUAUCUCCACUAAAAAUAUGUUUGUCAGUAUUAUCUCCAGUUUCCAUCAUUUCUUUGAUCCUUUCCUCAAACUUUUAAAAACUAAUGUAAAAAUUGUAUCGUAUUGUGUUUUUUUCGUUGUAUCUCUUCUUCGUUUUACCGUAAAUGCAUUUGUCAUGCCAGGCCAUGUAUUAAUGCGUUAUGACGAAACAGGUAGAAAGUUCGACUGCUUUGAAAACUAGCCAAAAUUAGCAUUUCAAAAAUUGUACGAGCACUUUUUUCGCAGGAAAAUCUCCUAAUCCUGUUUUUAUCAACUGAUGUAGUACUGUUUCGUAAAAAAGGCUCUUACUCGUAUUCAUAACAAAUACCUGCGACAAAGAAUCACCCGAACCAGUGUGGUUGUCAACCGAAAACCUUAGUUUUGGUUUAAGCUAAAUGAUUCCUUUUUUGUAUUUCAAAUCAUUAUGUCUCUGAUUCUUCAUCGUAUUUAAAUAUAGAGAUACUCUUCACUCCGACGAGUUUUCUUAAUCCUUGAACUACAUACGUCGUUGGUCCUAUGUUUGAAUUUUUUUGUCGACACACCUAUUUCACAAUAGUUGACGUUUAUGAGUUGAAUAAACAACAUCGUUUAAAUAUCUAUUUAUUUUCAAAGUAGAGCGUAUAUAUUUUCGCCGUUUUCAAUUUAUUUUCAUUUAAUAAAUGAAUUUUUUCCUAGAAUAAAUUGCAAAUAGAAUCAUCAAUUUCGAAGUGGUUCAUUCAAUAAAUAAAACAAAAAAAAAACGCAAUAAUGGGAAACAGUCUACUAAAAUUGUCACGUAGAAACAGCAGCAAUGAGAGUGAUGGAAACAAAAACCGGACUUGGACUCAAUGGAAUGGUAGAAAUGCCAAUGAAACGCCAAUUCCAGUGGAUUCUUUCGAUGAGAACGAACAUUUUUUAUCAUCUCCAAUACUCAAACUGAUUGGCCAUUGUUUCGACGAUCUCUUGGAAUAUCUAUCGUUGACGGAUUUGCAUUCAUUGGGCCAAACAUGUAAAUCGAUGCAACAAAUCACGGGCGAAUUUUUCAAACGCAAUUAUUCCGCUGCCCACGUUGUCUGUUUAAGUGAUGGUUUUUAUGUAAUUUUCCAUAAAGAUGCUGCUACAGAUUGGAUGACAAAUUGUAUUUCAAUACCAGGUUUCAUGCAAUUUAUCACUUCGAUCGACAUCGGAAAUCAUGUUGUGAACAAAAAGAAAUCCAGGGGCCGCGGUUUUCACAAUCCUUCCUUCUACAAAGAUCUGGAUAUUAAAUUGAAGUACAUCAAAUUGCAUGCCGAAGAAAUGAAAACAGUGAAAAAACUCACUCUCACAAAUGUACGUGUGGAUAAUAAAUUCACUAAUUGCAUUUUGGAUAUUUUACCAAACAUUGAAAAGUUGAAAUUGCUCUCUUCCACCGUCAUUGGAGACUUUUACGAUAUUUUCCUGAAAUAUUGUACAAAUGUGAAACAUCUCCAAAUUUGUGGAGUAAUAUUCGAAAACAAUUCAAAAUGGUUGCUGCGACAAUAUGCGACCAUUGAGCAUUUGGAUUGGGUCGUUUCGAGUCGAGAGAAAAAUUUAAAAAAAGUUGACGAACUUAUUCGAUUUUUCGAACUGAAUCGCAAUGUUCGCACUUUUUCUUGCGAUAUGUUUACAAUAAGUUCCAAUGUAGAUGCAUUCCUCAAUUCAAACAUAAAAUUGGAUACAUUCGAACUGAAACAAUUUCGUAUAUCGCAGAUGAAAGGUUGUGACAUCUACAGUUUAAAUGAGCAGCUCUGUCAUCUUCACAGUCAUGGUUUCUUCAAGCGUUUACACAUAAGUACUGUAUCAAUAGAUUUAGGUUUUUUAAAACCGUUUGUGGAACAAAUAUUCACCCUUGAUAGAGAGCAUCUUGCAUGGUCUUCACACAUGGCCAUAGGAUGUAAGGAAUUUGGUAUGCUUUGCAGCUUGCGUGGCGUUGGGUAUAACAAAAUCUUUGCAAACAGUUUAGAAAGACCUGGUCUAAACAAUCGAAAGGAAAUUCUAGAAUACUUUGAACAAAUGAAAAAUUUAACGAAAAUUAAAUUAAUCAAUUUUGAAUUUGAGGCGAUACUUAAUCUGGAAAUGCUGAAUAUGGUACGUGAACAAUUGGACGGAGCCCAGAAGGUUACGAUCUAUGUACCAGACGCAGUCUAUUUGGCAACAAAACGGGCUACCACAAACGGCACCACCAAUUUUAGCCGCAUUGCAAUGAAACGACACGAUUCGUAUGAAUGGAAGUUACAAGAACAUUUAUUAACCUAUUUUAAGUAUAUGGAAUAUCUUAAUCUUCGGAGAAAAGGGAACAAAUUUCACCGAUUUUAAACAUUAAAUAUACAUUUUUCGAUUCUUUCCACAUUACUCCACACUGUAUUAAUCUGAAUCCACAAUGGUCAAAUAAAUGAGCUUGAUUUUGAUGUA